UGUUGGUAAACACAUAAGAAAUAUUACAGAAGUAGAUAAACCCAAUACUGUUUGGCUUAUUCCAAGAAAUUUAAAUAAAUCUACCAAUAAUUUAGACAAUAUGAACUUGUUAAGGUGAUUGUUAAGCACAGAUAUGGAGAACGAAUCUGAAUCACAUCUAUGCCGCCUGUGCCUUAGAGAAUACAACAAAUAUCAGAUGAUAGAUGUGUUGACUGAAGGAUGUGAACUUAUUCACGCAAUAUAUGAGGCUGUUUCAAUAAAGAUAAAUCGCCUAGAUCCAACCACUAGUGUAUGCAAUAAUUGCCAAAAUAUAAUCCAUAUAAUUAACUCCUUUAAAACGGCUUGUAAGAGAAGCGACGAUCUUUUGAAAAAUGGACCAAUUAUCCUCGAGUCGGAGGCUUGGGCGUGUAUAGCACUAAGUAAUUGCUUUCACCAAACUGCGACAUUGAUCGAGCAACACCAACAGGAGGUGGAUAUGUUAUACACCAACACUGCACAAUCUGAAUCCAGAAUUAUAGAAUUAACUACAUGUGAAGAAGAUGUUGUCAACAGUGAUACAAUUCUAAGCGUAGGUCUUGCCUUACCAAGGCAGCAAAACAACACUACACAUAAUAUGAUUUCUGAAAUUCAAAGCUCCGAUUCUAAACCUCCCCAAAAGCAAUAUGAAUCAGACAGUGUAGCACCCGUCAGACGGAGAGGAAGAAAGAAACUUAUCGACCGGACAAAGGACAAAGUGGUUUGUUCGACGUGCGGGGAAAUGGUUUCACUACAGGGACUAGAAGGCCACAUGAAUCGCCAUUUGGGCGUGCAGCCGUUUCCGUGCGACAUUGAGGGUUGCGACGCCAAGCUGUUUUCGAAGUUUGCUCUCCAGCAACAUCGUAGCCGACACAAAUCUUCGAACCGUUACUUCGACUGUAAGGUGUGCGGGAAACGAAUCAAGGGCAGUGCAUAUUGGUUGAUACACAGGAAGAUCCACGAGGAAGAACCCAAGUUUGCGUGUGACAUUUGCGGGAAGAAGUUCAGACGAAAAUGCAAGUUGAAGCUCCACUCAACGGUACAUUCGGGAAUAGCGGAAUUUCCCUGUGGAAUUUGCGGAAAAUUCUUCACCGUUAAACAUAAUCUCACGGCACAUCUUAAACUUCACAUAAAAAAUGGAACCUAUCCGGCAGGGUUAGAGCAUAAUGUAUCUGAGGAAGCGAACGAUUGAGAAGAAACGAAUUAAAAUUAUUGUUUAUAUCUACGUACGUAGCGUAAACAAUUCGUAAACGA